UAAUUGACUCGUUACCAGCUUUAAAAUUAAAAAAAAUUACGUUGAUGUUGAUGUUUUUCUUUAAUCGGUCAAUUAUAUUUGCACAAUAAUAGGAACUGUGCAAAUUGUGCAAUGUUUUCUUGUUCAGUCGGAGAAUAGUUUGAUCCCAAGCAAUAUGUCCACACAAGAUUUAGCUGCAGCUGUAGUGUUAUUGCUUGUGGCUAAGCGUAAACGUAAACGAACACGUCGUUGGUCGAAAGAUUGGUACACGAAAAGGCCAAAAUACACUCACGAAAAUCUCUUAAAAGACUUGAUGUUAACUGAGGAAAAAGACUUUGUACGACUGGACUUGGAACAGUUUCAAGUGCUACUAGAAUUGGUCACGCCAUUAAUUGAGAAAAAAAAUACAAUCAUGAGGGAAGCAAUACCACCUUCUCAACGGCUUUCUAUAACAUUACGGUAUUUAGCUACUGGGAAUACUCUAGAAGAUUUAAAGUUUCAUAGUGCUAUUUCCCCACAAAGUCUUUCCUUAAUAAUUAUAGAAACCUGCGAAGCCAUAAUACAUGUUUUGAAGAAAUUAAUAAAGCUACCACAAACUGCCGAGGAAUGGAAAAAAGUUGCCAAGGAUUUUGAGAGUCAGUGGAAUGCUCCUCAUGUAAUCGGUGCUAUAGAUGGCAAACACGUGGAAAUAAAGAAACCUCCUGGUUCUGGAUCAUACUACUAUAACUAUAAAAAAACAUUCAGUAUUGUGUUGAUGGCGGUUGUAAAUGCUAACUACGAGUUCAUUAUGGUUGAUGUAGAGACUAAUGGACGUGUAUCAGAUGGAGGUGUGCUGCAGAAUACAAUAUUUGGACAACAAUUAAAAAAUAAUGCUUUAAAUAUCCCACCACCUGCAUUGUUGCCUGGAAGUUCCCGAAAGCUCCCAUACUUUUUUGUUGGGGAUGAUGCCUUUCCAAUGUCUCAAAAUUUACUGAAACCGUAUAGCCAAACUGGAUUAACAAAAGAGAAUAGAAUAUAUAACUAUCGGAUAUCGCGUGCUAGAAGGAUGGUUGAAAGUGUUUUCGGUAUACUAGCUACUCGUUUUGGAGUAUUUCAAAGAGCAUUUCCUUUUGAUCCUACAAAAAUAAGGAAAAUUGUUUUGGCUUGUUGUUAUCUACACAAUUUUUUGAGGAAAUCCCGUUCCUACUUAUCUCCAUCAUUCAUGUUUCGUGAAGAUAACAAGUCAGGAAUAAUACACCCACCAUCAAAGGAAGUAUUUCAGUUGACAGAAUUGGAAAAAAUCAAUAAAAAAAAAUCACUGAAUAUCGCAAAACAAGCACGGGACGAAUACAAUGGAUUUUGUAACAACGAAGGUGCAGUUUCCUGGCAAGAGAAAAUGGUUUCGUAAUACUUUAUGUACUUUUUUUUAAAGGUCAGUACUCACAUACGGUAUUACUCGAUCGAGCUAAACUGUCGAGUAAAACCCAUGGCAUGGGCUUUCGUCCACACAUUGAGCAUUGAUAAUCGAGUGAGGCGCGCCGCGCGCCGUCCAGUAUUCACCGAACCGUUCGAGCCAAAGGAUGUCUGUGCAACAAAGGAGACGGUGGCUGUAUUUAGCAAGUCUCCCAGUGCUUUAUAAGAAAAUCAAAGAAAAUGACAAGAAAAAAUGUAAAAGGAGGAACUGAGCUAAUGAUUUUUUGGAUUACUUAAUACUAGCUUAAUUAUAAUUACAAUUAUAAAAAUAAUAAAUAAAAAGUAUAGCAAUUUA